AUGCCAACUGUCUCCACUGUCAAUCUCACGGCACCACUCCUCCUCCUGUUGCUAUGGGCAACCCACCCCACCAUGGCAACCAACUGGCUCUCCCUGGCGAGGCUGCCUCGCUCCAGGCCUGUGUCCGGUGCUGCCCCAUGUGCACGGCUGAGGGGGCUGACCCCAGGGCAGGUGGGGGUGUGCAGGGCACGGGGGGAGGUCAUGGAGUCCGUACGCAAAGCGGCAGAGAUGGUCAUAGAAGAGUGCCAGCACCAGUUCAGGAAUCGCCGUUGGAACUGUUCCACCACCCCACGUGGGAUCAAUGUAUUUGGCAGAGUCAUGAACCAAGGCACUCGUGAGGCGGCCUUUGUGCAUGCUUUGUCCUCCGCAGCUGUGGCAGUGGCGGUGACCCGAGCCUGCACCCGCGGGGAGCUGGAGAGGUGUGGCUGUGACAGGAAGGUCAGGGGGGUCAGCCCCGAGGGUUUCCAGUGGUCUGGGUGCAGUGACAACCUGUCCUAUGGUGUGGCUUUCUCCCAGACAUUUGUGGAUGAACCAGAACGAGCCAAGGGGCUGUCAGCAGGACGACCGCUUAUGAAUCUCCAUAACAACGAGGCUGGUCGAAAGGCCAUCCUUCACAACAUGCAGGUGGAGUGUAAGUGUCAUGGUGUCUCUGGCUCUUGUGAGUUGAGGACUUGCUGGAAGGUCAUGCCUCCAUUCAGGCGCGUCGGCGUUGUGCUCAAGGAACGCUUUGAUGGAGCCACAGAGGUCCGCCUGACUCGCAUAGGAUCCAGGACAGCCCUGCUCCCCCGUGACCCCCAGGUCAAACCCCCUGCUGCCAGAGACCUUGUGUACCUUGCGCCCUCUCCAGAUUUCUGCCAUCUCGACCCUGACAACGGUAUCCCUGGGACUGCUGGUAGGAGAUGUAACGGAACUUCUCGGCUGGCACCAGACGGCUGUGAGCUGGUGUGCUGCGGGCCAGGGUACAGAGCGGGACGGGCUGAGGUGGUGCAACGCUGCUCCUGCAAGUUCUCCUGGUGCUGCUCAGUCCGCUGCCAGCAGUGCAAGAACACAGUCACUAUUCACACCUGCAGAGUGUAA